AUGAGCGGAAACGGAGUUCUAGUAGAUGACGAAGCUAGCGCGAUUUCUUCGCAUCGUCAUGCAAACGAGAAACCCUACGUUGUUUACAAGGUGGGGGCGCCGAACCCCAAGCAAAGCUUCUUCAAGGAGUUCAAAUUUACGUUAAAGGAGACUUUCUUCAACGAUGACCCUUUUCGCGCUUUUAAGAACCAAUCGAAAUUACGGAAGCUAUUGCUAGGAAUCGAAGCCGUUUUUCCGAUAGUCGAUUGGGGAAGAAAAUACAAGCUUUCAAUGUUCAAAGGUGAUCUCAUUUCUGGACUCACCAUUGCUACUCUCUGUAUUCCUCAGGAUAUUGGAUAUGCAAGACUUGCAAACUUGGAUCCUCAGUUUGGACUAUUAUUAAUUUAUCGGAGUUUAUGGUGUAAUGCUAAAUUGCAUGCAGAUAGUAGUUUUGUCCCUCCUCUGAUAUAUGCCAUGAUGGGCAGCUCGAGAGAUAUCGCCAUCGGCCCGGUGGCGGUGGUUUCCCUUUUGCUCGGAACUUUGCUCCAGAGCGAAAUCGACCACACCACUCACAAACACGAAUACCAACGCCUCGCAUUUACGGCUACUUUCUUCGCCGGAGUUACUCAGUUCGUACUCGGCUUUUUCAGACUGGGAUUCCUAAUUGAUUUCCUGUCCCACGCCGCCAUCGUCGGUUUUAUGGCCGGAGCAGCCAUUACAAUCAGCCUCCAACAGCUCAAAUCUUUGCUCGGCAUCAACGUGUUCACCAAGAAAACCGACGUCGUUUCCGUGAUGAAGUCUGUUUGGACGAAUGUGCAUCAUGGGGUGAGAAAUUGGAAUUGGGAGACUAUUUUAAUUGGAGUCACAUUCUUGAUUUUCCUACUCCUUGCCAAGUACAUUGGGAAGAAGAGCAAGAAAUUGUUCUGGAUACCCGCGAUUGCUCCAUUGAUCUCGGUUAUCGUUUCAACCUCAUGUGUUUACAUCACUCAUGCAGAAAGGAGAGGAGUCAAAAUCGUGGGGAGCUUCGAAAAAGGCAUCAACCCGCCAUCCCUGCACGAAAUCCAUUUCACCGGAAGCUAUAUGAUGAAAGGUCUUAGAAUCGGUGUUGUUGCAGGGAUGAUUGCACUUACGGAAGCCGUAGCAAUUGGCAGAACCUUUGCAGCAAUGAAAGAUUACCAUUUGGAUGGUAACCGAGAGAUGGUAGCUUUAGGCACGAUGAAUGUCGUUGGCUCGAUGACUUCUUGUUACGUAGCAACCGGAUAUACGACUGCUUACGAGGAAGAGGACCGUAUUAAUGAAGAUAAUCGAGAAAGAAUCCGGUUCUUGAUAGUCGAAUUAUCACCUGUGACGGAUAUAGAUACUAGUGGCAUUCAUGCAUUGGAAGAUUUGUACAAGAGCCUACAGAAGAGAGAUAUACAGCUUGUUGUAGCAAAUCCAGGGCAAGUGGUGCUAGACAAGCUACAUAGUUCUGGUUUUGUCAAAACAGUUGGAGAAGACGCCGUUUUCAUGACCGUUGGAGAUGCUGUCUUCACUCUGGGCCAUAUAUCAGAGCCUUAGAUAAAUUUUUUACGGUAUCGAUUUUUUC